AUCACGCACAACGAGAAGCGCGAUGUGCAGCCCACUGCUUUGUAUUACGUUCACGCUGGUCUUCAGGUAUCCAAGGACCAAGGUAUGCAACUCAGCGGCAGCUGCUGUUCAGUGAGUGUCUAACUCGACUCUUUGGGGGUCUGGAGUAUACGGUACCCUGUUACCAUUGCGAAGUAGAUCGGCUCCCAAACGGGGGGGGGACAAUAUAGAUUAACUUCGAUUAUUUGAUGGAAGGAUGGCGCCAUGGUAGGCAUAAAAUCGAGGUGUACGUACACCUAUUGCCAUCGUCUUAUAAAGUUGUAACUCAUCGGUACGUGCCCCCUUCAACUUAUCAAUGACCACCUCGUUCGAUUUCUCUGCCUGGCCUCCCCAGCUCACCCCAGAGCACCUAGAAGCUCUAGCACUCACCGCAAUCACAUAUGCAUUCUCACACGGAUUACUAUACCUCCCACCUUCCGACACCCAACCACGCAUACCAACCUCCGCUAUCCACGUCCCCCUCUCGCUCUUUCCCGCGCCCUUUCCCCGUGCGCACUUCCAAGCUGCAAGAGGACUGCAGAACGUAUACAAUGUCCUCUACGCACGCGUGGCGAUGGAUACCCACUUCUUAGAUACAGUGAUGGGCGCUGAGGAAGGCGCGGGGAGGGCGGAUGAAUUUACUGGGAUUCUGUGGAAUGGGUGGAAACGCAUCCGGGAGCACGGUAUUGUACAGCCGCUGCACCUCGGCCUGUUUAGAUCCGAUUAUCUUUUACAGGCUGCGGAAGAUAGAUUUGCGCUGAAGCAAGUCGAGUUUAAUACUGUCGCUUCGUCUGGUUCGCAUUGUGAGCGUGCGGCUGCUAUGCAUAGACAUAUAUUGACGUCUACCUCCUACUUUUCCGCAUCACCGUAUCUCACGGCCGAUAAUUUCCCAGAGAAUCGCGCCAACUCUGGACUGGCUGAAGGUCUUGCCAAAGCUCACGAAGCAUACGGCGUCUCAGAUGCGCGCAUCCUAUUCGUUGUGCUACCCAACGAACGCAAUGUCUUUGACCAACGAUGGGUAGAGUACGAGUUACUCGAAAAAUACAAAAUCCACGUCAUCCGUCAAACACUCGCCGACCUCGCCAUCUCUGCAUCCCUCGACCCCUCCACGCAUGCCCUCACAGUCACCCUUCCCUUUCCAACCCAUUCAUUGACAUACGAAAUCUCGACAAUCUAUUUCCGCGCAUCUUUAGUCCCCUCCGACUUCCCCACACCGUCCUACUACGACACGCGUUUUCUCCUUGAGCGCAGUCGCGCCAUAAAAUGUCCUUCCCUUCCCCUGCACCUCGCAGGCGGGAAGAAAGUCCAGGAAGCACUCACACACCCCGGGGUACUCGAACGUUUCCUCGGCAACGAAGGCGCGAGAUGGGGCACAGACGCUCCUGACCUCUCAGCACACGCAACAGAUAUCCGGGCAACCUGGAUGAGCAUGUGGGCGCUCGACUCGGAGGACGCUGAUAUAGUUGCUGCGCUUGACCAUCUCCCAGCUCCAGGACAAGGACAAGGAAUUACACCACCCGGAACACAUCUCGCCCGCCUCAAAGCUUCCUCGCUCGUACUCAAACCCCAACGCGAGGGAGGUGGGAAUAACGUAUACCGCGAAGCCAUCCCCGCGUUCUUAGACGCCCUACCAGCAGAAGAACGCAAAGCCUGGAUCGCGAUGGAGAUGAUCGAGACGCCGCGCGGGGUAGGGGGCUAUUUCAUGCGCGCAAUCCCUUUGAGUUCGAGUUCGGGUGCGGGGGACGCGAAUGCAGGUGUAAAUGACGGGGACACAAAGAAGACAGUCGUACGCGCAGAAGUCGUUUCUGAGCUAGGGAUCUUUGGAUAUGCCUUAUUUGGAGACGGGAAGGUGGUGGAGAGGGAAGUGGGGUGGCUUGUGAGGACAAAGGGGGCGGACAGUAAUGAGGGUGGGGUCGCUAGUGGAUUUUCGGUGUUGGAUAGUGUGGUGCUUGUUUGAGGGGAUGUUUGUAGAAUGGAGAAUGUGUAUUAAUGUAAGGACGCCAUGUCCUUUACGCACCGACCGUGAUUCAAAAACAAGACGCAUGAACCAUACGUUCGAAGUCAUCCGCGUGAGUCACUGAUGCGAAGAGUAACACUCUUCGCAUCUGAGUCACGCGGAUAUAUCUCUUUUCAUCUUACCAUUCAGUACCUUACCUUGUGCUCACAUUACACCAUCUCUGUUCCUUC